AUGGGAUGCUGCUUGAGCGCCGGAAAAGUCGCAGCUCCGCCUGUCUCCGCCGCCAAGAUUCCUCCACACAUUGAAGAAGAAACCGUGAAGGAAGUCGUGGUCCAAUCCGUCUCCGUCCCUGUCCCCGACAUCGUUCCCCUCGCACCCGAAGUUUCAGACUCAGAAGCUCACCACCCUCUUCCUUCACUCUCAUCACCAGAGCUCUCUCACAACAAGUCAGACAUUUGCAGCGUCUCUAACAGUUUCUCAACCGCCACUACUACUGCUACUAAUGCUUCCAUACUCGAAGACGAAGCUAUCAGCAAACCCCGCAGACAUCCUCCUUCUUCCUCUCGCGGCAACAUGUCUGAAAGAAUCUCCAGAAGACACUCGCCUCAGGGGAAACUUCGUCCAAGGAUGGUUCGAGAGAGACCAUAUAACCAACCAAACCCUACACACAACCGGCGAGAUGUGGAUUCGGAUCCUCUCUCACGAAGCGGGUUACUAGAAGGUCCAAGACGUCGCUCACAGUCUCCGGCCACGAGCAUUCGUGGCCCGAGUGCCGCGAGAAGAAGCCCCAUCAAGAAGCCCGAGGCAGCUCUGGAGAAAGUAGCUGUUGAGGUGAAGAAGGAAGAAGAAGGUAUCAACUAUCAACACUGA